CAAAAUGAGUCGCGAGAUACUGAAUCAUUUUACCGGGAAAGAAGGAAGAGACGUUAGGAGGAGUUGGGUGAGCGGUAUGGUUUGCACUCUCUCUUUCUCUCUCUCUCCAUUUUGGGAACAGAGUGCUUUCUUUCUGUUCCCAAAUGAAUCAAAGCCCUAAAUACCUCUAUCUCUCCACCAUUAUAGAUGUAUUACACACACUUUCUUACUCCCUCUCUCUCUCACCUCUCCGCCUUUUUCUUAGGGCUUCAUGUUCAGAGCAAUAUUCGGUAAUUUAUACUCCACUCCCUCCCUCACGCUCACAUUUUCCAGAGGCAUUUGGCUAGGGCUUGGUUUCUGGCAUCUUUAUUUGUGAUUUGAGUGCUUGAUUCUUCUACCUUGUUGCUGUCACUUCAUUGAUUAACUGAUAAUCUCCAAGUGACAACAUGUCUGGACCCCUAUCGCCUAAACCCGAUCUUGAUGUUGAAAAUAAUGAGGAUGAGAGGAAGACUAGAAUUGGGUCUUUCAAGAAAGCAGCAAUUAGUGCCUCCACCAAGUUCAGACAUUCUUUUGCCAAAAAAGGUAGGAGAAGUAGUAAAGUCAUGUCCGCCGAAAUCGAGGAUGAGUAUGAUGCUGAGGAAUUACAGGCCGUAGAUGCCUUGCGCCAAGCACUUAUAUUGGAUGAAUUACUACCAUCUAGGCACGAUGAUUAUCAUAUGAUGCUCAGAUUUCUGAAGGCCAGGAAAUUUGAUAUUGAGAAAACAAAGCAAAUGUGGGCCGAUAUGCUUAAUUGGAGGAAGGAAUUUGGGGCUGAUACAAUCAUGGAGGAUUUUGAAUUUAAGGAAGUCAAUGAAGUCAAGGAACAUUAUCCCCAAGGACAUCAUGGAGUGGAUAAGGAAGGCCAUCCAGUUUACAUUGAGAGACUGGGGAAAGUAGACGCCACAAAGCUGAUGCAAGCCACAACAAUGGACCGCUAUGUAAAAUACCAUGUACAGGAGUUUGAGAGGACCUUUGCUGUCAAGUUCCCAGCUUGUUCAGUUGCAGCUAAAAAGCACAUUGAUCAAAGUACUACCAUCCUGGAUGUGCAAGGAGUGGGACUUAAAAAUUUCAACAAAGCAGCAAGGGAACUUAUCCAAUGCCUUCAGAAGAUUGAUAAUGACAAUUAUCCAGAGACCUUGAAUCGCAUGCUCAUCAUCAACGCGGGUUCUGGAUUUCGAAUGUUGUGGAACACUGUUAAGUCUUUCCUUGAUCCUAAAACUACAGCAAAGAUCCAUGUUCUAAGUAACAAGUACCAGAGCAAGUUGCUUGAAAUAAUUGAUGCAAGUGAAUUGCCAGAAUUUUUAGGAGGUACCUGUACUUGUGCCGAUCAAGGAGGCUGUAUGCGUUCUGAUAAGGGGCCGUGGAAGGACCCAGAAAUUUUGAAGAUGGUGCAGAAUGGUGAAGCCAAAUGUAGUAGGAUAGCCGGAAAUCAAGCUACAGAUGAGAAAACAAUGUCUGAGGAUGAAACAGAGAACCCAAAGGGGUCUAACUCUUCCAUUAAGGAGGCAGCAUCAGAUGUGGAUCAGUUGCAAUCUUCUUCUCUAAGACAUCCAAGUAGCUAUAUACAGCAUCCAAAAUUCUCUCCUAUUCAUGAAGCAGUUUUUGUUAGCCAAAAUUGCCAUAAACCAUGCGGGUAUGAAGUCCCAAUGGUUGAUAAGACUGUUGAAACAUCUCAGGCAAAAAUGGUAAAUAAUGACAGAUUUACCUUCUCCAAAGCAGCAGAUUGUUUCUCAAUGCAUGAUCCUUGCAAGGCUCCUGAAGGGUUUUGCAAUCAGAGCUCCACUGGUUUCAUGUCCUUUGUUAUGGGUGUUGUCACCAUGAUCAGACUGGCCCGCGACAUGCCCAAGAGGCUCACCAAUGCCACUCUUUAUUCCAGCCCCAUGUACUGUGAUGAUACAAUGAUGAAAGGACAGGCGCACCCACACCAGUUACGAGCACCUACCAUCUGUGGUGCAGGGGAGUACUUGUCUGUCGUGAGACGCAUGGUUGAAUUGGAAGAGAAAAUGACCAUUCUCAGUGCAAAACCUGUAGCCAUGCCCCCUGAGAAGGAGGAAAUGCUGAAUGCUGCUUUAAGCCGGGUUGAUGCCUUGGAGCAAGAGCUCAUGGCGACCAAGAAGACUUUGGGGGAUGUUCUCGUCCGGCAAGAUGAGCUCAUGGCCUAUAUUGAUAAAAAGAAGAAGAAGAAAUUGGGAUUAUCUAAAACCAAUCUAUUCGGCUGGUGAAGGGAAUAAUGGAUGCUUAGGGAUGCUGGGAAAACCGGUAGUGUGGUGCUGUUCUGUUUUCCAAGACCGCCCAAAUGCUAUCUGUUUUCCAAGGUUUUGGUUGAGUGUACAAUGCAGUUAGAAUAGAUAUUGAGUCAUAAUCUUUAACAAGAUUUUCAAAAUCAAUAUCCAUUGCCCUUAUGGUUUGAUUGUAGAAGGGUGACCAAAGUGUGAUACAUUAUAUAUCACUUAGGCAGUUGGUUAGUAGUACUAGGUGAUGAUUGGCUCUGUUGCAAGGACAAGGUGACCCUGGAAAUGUAAAAUAUUAGCAAAAACAGCACCCAAAAUGAGACGGUAACGAAGUGAAAUUCAGCCGUUCCAUGGUUCUUGGGUCCUGAUUACAGAAACAAAUUGUAAUUUUGAUUCUUCUCAUAAUCAAAAUGUAUGUUUGAUUUGUUUA